AUGAAGCCGCCGCAAUCGGAGUUUGCGCUCAACACCCCAUUGGCCAUGGCGGAAGAAUUCCUGCAGUUUUAUGAGGCUCAAGCACUCGAGUCUGUACCCAAGCAGGAUUGGCGUAAAAGCUUGCUCGAAGAUCGUCCUUCACCUACACAGCACAAGAUUACCUCGGGUUUGCCCUUCUGUCAAGUCCUGUCGAUCUUCACGCGGAGCUCGCGUAUAAACCCCCACAUCCCCGGAAAACGAUGUCCAGGUUUCGACCUCGUCCUUGCCAUUCCUUCACUCAUCGUGAAGGUCGCCUCGCGCCUGCAUACCCUCAUAGCAGAUAGACUGACCAAGAAGAACAUGGCGCGCAAACAUCCACCCACGAGCACCUACAACCGGCUCACCUACGGCUACGGUGCCUCUGUGAUUGGUAGCACCAUCGGUCAGCCUGGCUGGUAUGCCUUCUUCAACCUGCCCACGCAGGGAGAGCCUGGCUACGGUACGACUACAACCAAUGCCAUAGCGACGGCCAACGGUCUGUUCAGCGCAGGCGCAGCCGUAGGCUGUAUCUGGAUCAUGUGGGCGGCAACAAGCCUCGGUCGUAAGCGCAACAUCCAGAUUGGUGCCUUUCUGUCUCUGCUUGGUGGCGCUUUCCAGGGUGGCGCCAAUGGCCUCUCGGCUAGGUAUCGGAAUCUUAGUAACGAUCUGCCCAUGUACCUUUCCGAACUCGCACCUCCCGCCCGUCGCGGCUGGCUCGUCGGCCACCACGCCAUCUUCCUGGUCUUCGGGUACAUGCUAUCGGCAUGGCUGGGCUACGGCUGCUACUUCGCGACCGCCUCCAACCCCAGCUUCGCAUGGCGCUUCCCACUAUGCAUGCAGUGCCUCGCGCCACUCAUCCUGGGUGUGAACUCCGUAUUCAUGCCAGAAUCCCCACGAUGGCUCAUUCAGAAGGGCAAGUCGGAGCAGGCGUGGACUAUCAUUCAGCGACUGCGGAAAUCGCCUGAUGAUCCGACUGAUCUUGUUGCGAAGGAGGAGAUGUACCAGACUAAAGCACAGCUCGCGCUAGAUGAAGCGAAGUUACGAAAGCUCAAUGUUACUCCUUGGACUGCUGUGCUGAAGAUCAAGAGCUAUAGGAAGCGUAUGAUUAUUGGAUUUUUGACGCAGUGGGGUGCCGAGUUUUCUGGACCUCUUGUCAUUAACAACUAUUCGGUGCUGCUAUACACGAAUCUCGGCCAGACUGGCGGCAUGCCCCUGCUGCUGUCCGCUUUGUGGUUGACCACCGCAGGUCUGAUCUACAAUCCUCUCGGCGCGUGGCUCCACGACCGCGUCAACUCACGCCGCUGGAUGUUUAUGGUCGGCACUCUCGGCUGUCUCGUCACCACCUCAGGCCUCGCUGGCUGCAUAGCGCAGUACAGCGGCACAGACAACAAAGCCGGCAAUGCCGCGGGCGUAUUCUUCGUCUUCCUUUACCUAGCAUUCCAAGGCACCGGUCAAGACACCACAAUGUACCUCUACGUCUCCGAGAUCUUCCCCACCGAAGUACGCCCCAUCGGCAUGGGCUUCUCCCUCUUUGGCCAGUUCGCAGCCACCCUCAUCCUCUUGCAGACUGCGCCUAUUGGCUUCGUCACUAUCGGCUGGAAGUACUACCUAAUCAUCAUCUGCUGGUGCAUCGUUUUCGUCCCGAUGAUCUACUUCUUCUGGCCGGAGACGGCGAGGCUGUCAUUGGAAGAGAUCUCUGCCAAGUUUGGCGAUGAUGUGGCUGUGCAUAUCAAUGAUGUGCCGGAGGAGCAGAGGCGGGACCUGGAUGCGUAUUUGAAUACUGCUGAUGUUGUGCAUGGUGAGAAAGGCAGUCAGAGUGUUGUGCAUGGGGAGACGGCUGCUCGUGAGGUGGAGGAAGCCUAA